CAUUUAUUUUUAUAUUCCACUUAAAUCUCUCUGUCUCAGACUGUUCGUCUAGAGAGGACAAGUAGAUUCGCUUUCCCAGCAUCCAAUAAUUGUCAUAUAAUUUUCUCGAGAAAUAAGAUUCUUGCCCAAGAAAAUAUAAUCUUGAUUUCAUCCCUGCUAAUUAUUCAGAGCUUGUUCUUUUCUGCUUAUAGAGGAACAAGACCAAUCAAGAUUUGGGCUUAAUGGAAUCAAGAAUGGAAGGAGAUGUGUUUUCUGGAUAUGGAGAGAGAUACCAGAUGGAUGGCAAAGUGCUGCAGAAUUUCCAGAAGAGAUUUGUUCAGGUUCAAUACAUUUUGGAGCAAAACCGGCUUUUGAUCAACGAGAUCAAUCAGAACCAUGAGUCCAAACAAGCAGAUCACUUGGGUCGAAAUGUUCGUUUGAUAAGAGAGCUCAAUAACAAUAUCAGAACUGUGGCAAGUCUUUAUGGUGAUCUCUCUCAUUCUUUCGCCAGAUCAGUUGAUGCUUCAUCAGAAGGGGAGUCCACUGGGACCUUGAAAUCUGAUGGGAAGGCCAACAACCAAAAAAGAUUUAGAUCCGGGUAAUGUUCUGUAGAUUCGGUGCUAAUUUGAGUGUGGAUUUAAGUAAUGACUUGCUGUUGAACAAAAAAGACAUUAACAACUUCACUUCUGUAAGUUCUCUUGAAAUGAGUUCAUGUCUUUAAUUCUGAGAAUAAAAGGAAGUUCAUCUUUAUUAA